UAGCCUAGAUUGUCAGGCUACUGCAUGAAUGGUUUGACCUCCGUUUGUGUCGACGCUUGCAAGUAUCCUAUAGGAAAGUAGGCCACAAACAGAAGUGCCCACUACAUUCACAUACCAAAUUAUAUACAUAUGUGUUUGGUAUACUCUCAUAUAAGUUGAAGUCGACCACAACAUGUGAAGGCUCUCUAUUAGGCUGUUGAUUCUAAGUGCAGUAUUUGCAAGGUUGCCUAGAAUAGUGCUUGUAAUUAAAUAAAAUGUGAGAGUGCUAAUAUAUGAGUGGCCGUGACGACUUCUUUUCCAAAGAGGCUUCACUCAUCAACCGCUCCAAGCGGGAGCUGGCGGACGGACGUGAAAAGGAUCCAAUCUACAAAUUGCGUUUGCAAUGCUUCAGUCGUGGCGCAACCGGUAUACUCGGAUUAGCCAGAACCUUCCGGAAUAUGGAUGACGAUGGCAGCAAGGCGUUGAAUUUCGAAGAGUUCAGUAAGGGAAUCAAAGAAACUGGUUUAGAAUGCACGGACAGUGAAAUAAAGGAUAUGUUUGACAAAUUUGAUGAAGAUAACAACGGCUCGAUUAAUAUGACGGAGUUUUUGCUGAAAUUGCGGCCACCAAUGCCGCAGUCACGCUUGGAUAUCAUCGACAAGGCAUUUAAAAAGAUCGAUCGCACCGGUGACGGUCAAAUCACCAUUGAAGAUUUGAAGAACGUCUACUCCGUGAAGGACCAUCCCAAAUAUUUGAGCGGUGAAAUGACCGAGAACGAGAUCCUCACACAAUUCCUCAACAACUUCGAGGGCGGACAUGGCAACUGUGAUGGCAAAGUGUCGAAGGAGGAAUUUGUCAAUUAUUAUGCAACAAUUAGCGCUUCAAUUGAUAAUGAUGCCUACUUCGAUUUGGUGAUGCGACGCGCUUAUAAACUGUAAAUGUAAUCCAACGUAGGAGUAACAAAAAAGCGCUGCCAUAAUCAUAAAUGCAUGGCUUGUUGCAAGCACAACAAAAACAUCAACGUAACAACUGACAGCAGCUGGCAUUUUUAAAGCUUAUAACAACAACAACAAUUUACUAAAUAAUAAAAAACAAAUUCAUAAAUGGAAAUACUGACCAGGUGUUGAGUCCUGACUGUGUGUGCGUGCAAUCUUUUAAUACCAAUAACAAAAUUUUAGCUAGGAAACCGCUAUAAUGCCACAAAAAAUCUGUAUUUACAUUUAAUACGAAUGCAUCAUUGUAUUUCCUAUUGUAUUUAUCUUUUGUUAUGAAUUGUUACAACAUAUUAACGUACAAUUUUCCAGGCACAAAUGCAUUU